AUGGCCGUUCCGUGCGUCAUCUCCACGGGACCAGAUCAAGACCUUUUCGCCUAUACGGCUGGGCGCUACAUAUUCAACGAAAAACGUCGCCUUGAAGAGCGAUAUGCUGAAUUUGACGUUGAAGCGCUCAAAACGGUGGCCGCAAGCAGCGUCGGUAGGGACGCCGUCCUCCAAAUCAAAAAACUUGCAGAGGGUGGUUUCAACAGGGUCUUUGUUCUCACCAUGAGCGAUGGCUUCGAGGUCAUAGCCAAGACUCCCUACCCGGUCACCGUCCCCACGAAGCUGGCGACCGAAAGCGAAGUCGCGACGCUUGACUUUCUACGGACGAGAGGUAUACCCGUGCCGCAAGUUUACGCCUAUUCCUCGCAAAGCAACAACGCCGUGGGAACCGAGUAUAUCAUCAUGGAGAAGGCUCCUGGACAGCCAUUGGAUCGUCGCUGGUUUGAUCUUACCCCGAAAGAAAGGGUUCAGUUAGUGACCAGCUACGUCGAUAUCGAACGGAAGCUGUUCUCAAUCCCGUUUGGAUCUUACGGCAGCCUCUACUAUACACACUCUAUACAUCCACAUCUCCAACAUGAUAUUUAUCGAACGCCACAUAAGGAUGAUAGUCAAGCCCGGUUUUGUAUAGGACCUUCCGCGGAUUAUACGUUUUGGCGGGGAAAGCGCGCCUCCCUUGAUUUGGAACGCGGGCCUUGUCAGUCUUUUACUCCCAGUCACACCUGA